AUGUCCGCUGCCUUUCCACCUACCUCGUACGGGCCGAGAGGUGCAUUGGCACAAGCCUGUAUCUCAGCAGCAGCAGAUCUCACAGACGCUUCCGGCAACGCACUCGUCGAUUUCAAAACUGUGCAGACAAUCAUCAUGGUCAUUCGCUCCUCAGGCCCCGCAGCAACGGAUCAUUUCUUCUGGCCACAAGCUUGGGGCGACACAUUCACCGUUCCUGGCGGCUCUGCCAACAUCGCCGUAUUAGGUAUGCCAGAUGCGUGGAGCACCUUUAUGCCUACCAAAGACUUGCUAGGUACACUCUGCCAUGAAAUCGGCCACAAUCUUGGAUUCCCAGACUUGUACACCAGUCUCAAUACCGAUUUCUCUCCUGAGAUCAAGAAACGAAACAUCACCAAUUUUGAUCUCAUGUCCAGAGAAGCUCACUUGCCACACAUGACAGUUGGCCAGAAAAUGGAGACAGGCUGGCUGAGGCCCGAAUGGGUGCGAACAUUCGAUUUCUCACGGUCCACCAUCCCCUUAGAUGAGUUCGUCACUCUCCAAGCUGCGGAACUUGGUGCUCCUCCAGUUGGAAGUGAUCAAUUCUCAGCUGUUGAGAUCAGGCUUGCUGACGGCUGGAACUAUUACUUCGAGUAUCGCCGAGGGCAAGUAAGUCAAAUUGGAGACCAGGCAGUUGCUUCGGAACUCGAUACUGGAGAUGCGGUCGUUGUGGGAACUGAUAUGAUUUCUCAUAAUUUCUCGUAUCCAAUUGCACGUCCUCAAAUCAUGCGUCUACGGAGAGAUGCUGAAUUGGAAAACUCUUUCUUCACCACUGGCGAAGACUACAAAGAAACAGAUACCAGCUCAGGAGCCAUCUCCGACUUCAAGAUGACAGUCAUCUCCAUCUCCGGCAACAAAUCCCAGAUCCGCAUCCAAUACGGCACAAACGGCCGCCCAGACCUCUACAUACGUCCCUGGCCGGCCGGAAACAGCUACCAAAGCCCGGAUAUUCUCAUCACCAACGACAAAUGCCUCACUGACCCGUCCCAAUGGUUCAACCAACCCUGGGUAGGCCACGCCAACACCGUGCACGCCACCUACCGCAACCGCGGACCCAUGACCGCACGAAACGUCCGCGUCGAAUUCUACAUCGUCGAUUUCACAGCCGGCGGAAACCCACCAAAGGUCUUACUAGGAACUGAUACUCGAGACGUACCGCCAGAGAGCACAGCACCAAACGGUGUAACCUUCGAAACAACCUGGAUCCCCAACAACGACGGCCACAAAUGCAUCAUAGCGUCAACCCCGCUCUUCGUCGACACCUCCAUCUCACCUAACAUCGUCGAGAUCACGGACACCAACAACACCGCGCAGUCCAACUACGCCAAAUACAUCGCACGCUCCGCGUCCCCCGCCACACGCGAGAUCCUCCAAGUAAGCCUCACCAACCCCUUCAAAUCCCGCGCGGAUAUCUACGUCCUGCCCAGAUCCAAGGUCUAUAUGCUCGUUUCUAUCGCUUGUACUUAG